AUGGUCUCGGCACGAUAUCCGGGGCCUGUGACAUCCCCGGCGGCUCUGGCCGGUCCGCUGCCGCUAUGCGCCCGGCGGCCGGCCGGCGCACUACCGACGGGUCGCUCCGUGCCGGUGCGCCCUAGGCGUGCCGACUCGGGAUACACGUGCACAAGUCGAGGCGGAGGGAGUGCCGGCGUGGACGGUCACGAACUCGACAUCCGGAGGGUCGGAGUGCUGGGCGGCGGCACGAUGGGAUCGGGCAUCGCCGAGGUGUGCGCCCGGGCCGGGCUCGACACCAGGGUCGUCGAGAUCGACGCCACCGCCGUCGAGCAGGUGCAGAAGCGGAUCGAGACCUCACUCGGCAAGGCCCAGGCCCGCAACCGCAUCAGCGCCGAGGACCACGACGCCGCCCAGGGCCGGCUGUCCUACGCCCACGACGUGGCCGACAUGGCCGACCGGGAUCUCGUCAUCGAGGCCCCCCGCACGCUCCUGGUCCUCCCCUCCAACACCUCCUCCAUCGCCAUCGUCGACCUGGCCACCGCCACCGGGCGCCCGCAGCGGGUCGUCGGCAUGCACUUCUUCAACCCGGCGCCGGUGCAGCCGCUGGUGGAGAUCGUCCGCUCGGUCGCCAGCGACGAGCAGGUGGUGGCCGCCCUGGCCGCUUUCACCACCGAGGUGCUGGGCAAGCAGGUCAUCCGCUGCGAGGACCGGGCCGGGUUCGUGGUGAACCGCCUGCUGGUGCCGUACCUGCUGUCGGCCAUAGCGCUGGCCGACACCGGCCAGGCCUCACCCUAG